CCUGUGCUCAGCUUCUGGUUCUGUCUCUAGGCUCCAGACCCCUUCCCCAUGGCGCAGGCAGCCACACCUGGGGAGCUAGGGCUCCCUUGUAGUCCCAAACAGGCCUUGGCUCUGUACAAGCACCUCUUCUGGUGCCCUGCUGGCCUGGGCCAGCUCCAGGCUGCACUGCGGCAGGUGAGGGAGGCAAGGCCCUGUCUCCAAGCGGGCAGGCUCUCCGUGGGGCCUGAUUCCAGCCUGCCUCCUGGGGCACACGAGGGUUGGGCCUGUCCCUCAGGCCUGGAGUUGCCCACCCUGAUGCUGGAGAUGGAACGGAGCCGGAGGGCCCAGGAGCAGCUCCUGUGGGACUUGGAGCUGCUGACCGGGGCAGGGCUGGGCCUCUUCUGGCCUCCCCGGGCCCAGUUCUGUGGUCUGAGGGACCAGGCCCAGAGUGCAUGGAGCCAGCACAGCAAGCCCCGUGGUAGGACAGGUGGGGGCUCUGAGCAGCUGACGAGUGGGGUGAGCAGGAGUUCCAGGCUGUGCCCAUCGCCCCAGGCUGGGGACUCUCUGAGCCAGAACCGUCCAGAGGGGGGGCAGGGGGCAGACCCAUCAUCAGCCCCGGAUCUGGACAAUGCCAGGAGUGAGACAGACGCAAGGUGGGAGAGCGCUGGCAUUUCUGCAGAACCCACACCUGGUUGCUUACAAGAGCUGAGCCCCACCAUCAGCAGUAGCUUUGGGGAACCAGGAAGCUCAGAGUUCAAGGAUCUGGACCAGAAGGAAGAGAGGGGCCAAGCAGAGCCCACAACCCAGAGGCCCCGUCGACCAUCAUCAGGGAGCCUACAGGGGAGAAGGCUCACUCAGGAAGCCCCACGACUCUCAGGCCUGCCCUCCCAGGGCCUGCCAGAACCCCCAGGUCCCCCUGAGGGACUGGGCUGGAGCCUGGGCCAGGACAGAGCUGACCUUCAGAAACUGCUGAUAGAGAUUCCUCAGGGUCAGAGAGAAAAGACAAACCAGGGUCAGAGUGGAGAGGCUACUCAGUCUCUGAUGGAAGAGGUCUCUGGGGGUCCAAAUCGCCCUGAGUGCCAGAGAAAGGAGGCCCUCCUGGAACGGAGUAAGGAGACCCCUCAGGCUGAGGAAGUGAAGAUCCUUCAAUCUUCUGGAGGCGGUGGCCAGAUCUCACAAGCCUGGGAGGUGGCUCAUGGAGAGGCGCCUACACAGCCCCAAGAGAAAGGCGACUCCCUGGGAACUCCGGGGGACUUCUGCAGGUCUCUGGGAGAACAGGUGCCUCAGCCUGGGGGAAGGGAGAGCCCAGGUCCCUCGGGAAGGAGCACCCAGCUGAUGCAGGACAAGAACGAAGGCCAGAGACCAGAGUCAGCACUGGCCUUGGGAGAACAGGGGACCGGCCUGGAGGAGGCGCCCGCUCCUCUUCCGUCUCCGAGGCCCCCGGCCCCGCCGCUGCUCCCAGGCCCCGGAGCGGUGAUGCUAGCGCCCCUGAGCACCGGGGCCUCUGGGCAGCAGGAGCGCCCUACAGCUCUCCCAGGGCACCCAGGGCUGGUGAGCAAUCGGCACGGGCUGCAGGACUCGGGGGUAGGCCCCGGUCCGGCGGAGCAGCAGGUGGGCGAGGAGAGGGGGCUGAGGGCGGGUGGCUCCGCGAAGCUCCCGGGCGCCCUUGGGGAGCGGAGGGGCGGUGCUGAGGCCCCCAAGGCCUCGAAGGCCGCGUGGUCCGAGCCCCCUGGUACGGAGGCAUCGGUGGGCGUGAGCACCGCGCAGCGGGAGACGGCCCUGCAGCGACUCCUGGAGCUGCACCGCGCCGCCAAGCACCGGCGGCGACAGGACCGUGAGCAGCAGCGGCUCCGGGUCCUGGAACGGCUCCGCAUCGCCAGAAACCGCCACUGCCAAGUGCACCCUCUAGCGCCCCCACCCAGCCCGGCUCAGCUCCCGUCACAGGAGGACGCGGCCCGGCAGCGGCGCGCCCUGAGGGAGCAGCUGGAGCGCGUACACCGGGAGCGGACUGGACGGCUGCGGGCCCUCAGGGCCAGGAAUACCCAGAACUUUCAACAGCUACUGUGGUCCCCUGGCGCUGAGGAGCCUGCGCCUGGAGAGUAGCGCUCACCCUUCUCAGCCCCCCUAACCAUUGCUGAAUCCUCAAAGGGAUAAUCAAAGAGAUGGGGGUUGAGGAAAAAGCAAGAGGGCAACCUGCAAGUAUGAGGUCGUUUCAAAGGCCCAGGACGCGGGCCUGGGAGAGCCAAACACACAGACACACACAGCAGCUUCUUCCCACCUGGUGGGGCGGGAUUUCUUCUUCCCGUCCCUAAGCCCACUGCCAGGCCCAAGGUCAGAGGACCAGGUCCUUGGGGUCAAGCAGUUCAAAGGCCCCGUUCUUGCGAAAGAAUGAUUCAAUGCGACACAUCUUGCAGGAGACCGGUUCUUGCUUCACGGGGGGGCCUGGGAAAAGAUGUCAUAGGCCAGUAAUGGGUCCCUGAGAAAGCAACUGGCAGAACCAGGCAGCCCUCCUGCCCAGCCCUAGAAAUCUACCCUUGUUGUGUACUUUUGUCAGUGUGAAGAAAUAAAAAGAAGUGCUUCUGAGGAGUUGGGACUAUGGGAAAACGGAGUGUGCUGGGUGCCCAGAUCAGGAAUGAUGGCAGAAUACCAGUCAGCCGUGUGCCACUGUGCCAUCACUGCUCCCAGCUUUAGGAUCCUCCAGAGUGGGGUGGCGGGACACCCAGCCCUGCUCACCACAAAGACAGAGCAAGACUUCUCUGGGACGGCUGGAGUUUUCUACCUACUGCUCCCCAUCUGGAGCUCACCUCCUGCUUUCGUUGGAAAUUGCUCCCUUUACUGCCCCUUUAGAGCCCUGGGGAAAGUAGGGGGACUUUGGGGGAAAACUUUUAACUCUGUGCAUCCCCAACUGUCCACCGGUUCUGUGCAGGCACUCCAGCAGCUGGAGAAAGGGACAUGAUUGAGUAGUUUGCUUGACAUUCAUGACCACAAAGAGCAAAGGGACACUCAGCAUCACCCAGCAAUCCUGCAACACUCCCCGGCAUGUUCCUUCUCCCUUGAGUUUCAUCUCAAACUA